CAUGUCGGGAUUAACGCCACGGAAGCCGGCCUGGUCCGCCCCUCAUCCCUUCCCGUCCCCGUCCCGGCUGGGCCCGGCUCGGCGGAGAAAUCAGCCCGGCUUUCAGUUUGAAUUGCUAUCCUGUUCCGCCUCCCCCCACCCCCCCGCCGGGUUUGGUGGGGAGAGUAUUGUGGAGUGAUGAAGAAAUUCUUCGACUCGCGGCGGGAGGCGGUGGGCUCGGGUUCGGGAGGAGGAGGUGGAGGUGGUGGAGGAGGCAGCGGCGGAGGCGGUGGCUUGUGCCCCGGCAGCGGCUUCAUUGGCCGGGUGUUCAGUGUGGGCCGGCAGCAGGUGACUGUGGAGGAAGUGGUGGCUGAAGGUGGUUUUGCUAUCGUGUUCUUGGUAAAGACUCAUAAUGGGGUUAAAAGUGCACUGAAGAGGAUGUAUGUCAACAAUGAACAUGAUCUCCAGGUUUGCAAGCGAGAGAUCCAAAUCAUGAGGGACCUGGCUGGGCACAAGAACAUUGUUGGAUAUAUCGAUUCCAGUACCACAGCUGUCGGCUCUGGAGAGGUCUGGGAAGUGCUGAUCCUGAUGGAUUUUUGUCGAGGAGGUCAGGUGGUGAACCUGAUGAACCAGCGGUUGCAAACCGGUUUCACUGAGAACGAGGUAUUGCAGAUAUUCUGUGACACGUGUGAAGCAGUCGCGAGGUUGCAUCAGUGCAAAACACCCAUCAUCCACCGGGAUUUAAAGGUUGAAAAUAUACUGCUUCAUGACAAAGGACAUUACGUCCUCUGUGAUUUUGGAAGUGCAACCAAUAAAUUCCAGAAUCCUCAGGUCGAAGGAGUCAAUGCAGUUGAAGAUGAAAUUAAAAAGUACACAACUCUGUCCUACCGAGCUCCUGAAAUGGUCAACCUUUACUGCGGCAAAGCUAUCACCACAAAGGCUGAUAUAUGGGCUCUUGGAUGUUUACUGUACAAACUCUGCUUUUUUACACUUCCAUUUGGAGAAAGCCAGGUUGCAAUCUGUGAUGGGAGCUUCACAAUUCCAGACAACUCCAAGUACUCCAGCGAGAUGCACUGCCUAAUAAGAUUUAUGCUCGAGCCAGAUCCAGACAAGAGACCUGACAUUUACCAGGUGUCUCACUUUGCAUUUAAACAAAUCCGCAAGGAGUGUCCUGUCCAGAAUGUCUGUAAUUCUCCCAUUCCAGCCAAGCUUGUUGAGCCAGUAAAAGCCAGCGAAGCUGCUGCUAAGAAGACACAGCCCAAGGCGAGGCUCACAGACCCAACUCCUCCCACUGAGACUUCGAUUGCUCCUCGCCAAAGGCCCAAAGCUGGGCAGGCUCCAGCCAACCCGGGGAUGCUCCCAAUUCAACCUUCUCUGACACCGCGAAAGAGGCCAUCUGCCCAGGCAGUCAUACCGCCAGCAGGUGUUGUUCUGGGCACUGGUCACAACACCCAGCCCCCAGGCCUGCAACAGCCUCAGCAACAAGCAAAAUCUCAGUUGCAGCAGCCGCAACUGGUGCUCCAACAGAAGCAGUCCCAGGCAGUGGUGCAACAGAAGCAGGCCCAGCCACAGCCUCAACCCCAGCCGCAAGCAGCAGGACAGCCUCCACCUGUCCAGCAACAAGCACCUGUGCAACCACAGCUCUUUGUCCAGCAACCGCAGCUUCUGCCACAGCAGCAACAGAUGAUGGCUCAGCAGUACCACAUCAUGCAGCAAGCAAUGCAACAUGCUCAGAUGAUGCAGAAUUACUAUCUCCAGCAACAGCAGCUUGCCACAGCCGUGCAGCAGAUGCAGUACGUGAGCCAGCAGGCUGCCACUGCCCAGCCACAGCUGACUUCAGCACUCCCGCAGCACACACCAUUGCCCCCACAGCAGCAACAUACUCCAGUACCACAAGCAGCCUCUCAGGAACAGGGAAUGAGCCAGAUUCAACAGCCGCAGCAGCAAUCACAAGGGGCACCAAACCAGUCUCCAAAAAUCGUGUCUGUGUCACUGACCCCGCCAUCAUCUCCGAAGACUCAGCGUUCAGGCCACAGGAGGAUCCUGAGUGAUGUCACAUACAGUGCAGUCUUUGGCGUUCCAGUCAGUAAAUCGACCCAGCUCCUGGCAGCUGCAGCCGCUGAAGCCGGUUUAAACAAAUCUAAGUCAGCUACAACUACUCCCUCAGGGUCUCCACGGACCUCUCAGCAGAACGUCUACAAUCCUCCUGAUGUGUCCACGUGGAAUCCAUUUGCCGAUGACAAUUUCUCCAAACUUACUGCCGAAGAACUGCUCAACAAGGACUUCGAGAAGCUCAAAGAUGGCAAAGCUGAAAAGACCAAUACCUCCACUGAGAGUCUGAUACCAGGACUUCCAUCAGCUCAGGUGCAGUCGCAGGCAGAUGCUUUUGGAAUUGAUCCCUUUGCCAGUGGGGCAGCAGAAAAGUCUACAGAACUGUUUGUUCCGGAUGCUGCCGUCCCAGCAAUCAACGUACCUGAUCCUUUCACUCCUGUUCCAACAUCAGAACAACCAGGAAAGGCUGAGGUAGCAGUGGGAAAUCUCAUACCUGGAUUUGAGAGCUCAAAGCCUCAGCGACUGCCUCCACUGCAGGCGGAAUCUUUAGGUGCUGUGGCUGCAAAAAAUCCUUCAGACUGUCUCACCGGAGAGGACUCCAUUCUUGACUAUUCUCUCCUCUCUAACCCAGUGACUGAAAUGAUUGAUGAAUUUACUCCUGUACUUUCAUCUGGUCAGGUUAAGCCAGGUUUCCCAACGGAUACAGCUGAAGAUGCUCCUGAAGUGGGCAGAUCCAAGGGAGCCAACAAUUUGACCGUGAACUGGCCUGGCCAAGCCCAACCGUUCAGAUCCAAUUCUGUGCACAGCAGUGACGAAGAGUGCAUCGAGGAUGGUGGCGACCCGCUGGACAGCAGCGGCCACAGACCCCUCCUGAUGGAUUCGGAAGAGGAUGAGGAGGCUGGAAAAGCCCAAAAUUCGGUGGAAGGACAGCCUAAGCUUGUCUGUCCAGAUAUGGCAAACCUGCUGGAACCUUCAGCCAAGGACAUGGCUGAAGAAACCAAUACUGAGGUGGAUGUGUUUUCUGCUGCUCCCUUCAGAAACCUGAGGGGCGCUGAAAUAGUGCAGGGUACUCUCGAUGUUUUCACCAAGGCUCCUUUCAAAGCAAAAAUCAAUGCUACUCGAAACCAAACUGAGGAAAUUGAUGUCUUUACAAGAGCACCAUUCUCCAAAAAGAAAGCAUUGGCAACCUUGGAAGAGGCGACUUCAUACCCACUCGUCGCGAAAGCCAGUGAAGAAGUGCCUGAGCAUUUGCAGUUUGGGAGCAUUGCCCAAGAUGCCCAUCAAAUGGGUCAAAAUAGGUUCCCUGGUUUUCAAGACCAGUGUGUUGGACCGUCUGGUGGAGUCCAACAUCCUGCAACAGCUUUCAAAGCCACCAACCAGCAACAGUCUAGGGAAGCGGUGUCUAACCGAGAAACAGACCCGCUGAAAGAUUCCACUGACUUUCCAAACCACCAAAUGCAUCCUCCCGGCACUUUGUUAGUUCAGGAAGCGUUGCUGGCUGCUGUGAGCCCUCAGCCCUUCCGUCCUCGGGCACUAGCCAAAUACUCCCGUCACUACAAAGAGGAGGAAUGGCAGAACCAGCCACCUGCCACUGCGCACAUGGCUGAUAAAAUGCGAGGAGCCAACAGCCCUGCCUCUCUGCACCCAAGGACUUCAGAAGUGCGUGGGACUGACCCAUUUGCUGCAGCUCCCUUUCCCACUAAACCUCGAAAUCAGAAACCUUAACACGUGACCAGGGGGUUUGGGGGAAGCAUCAGUUCAAAUUGCAGUAUCUCACUUGGAUGGUUAAGGAACAUUACGCCCUUUCUCUCGCCACCUUAAUGGGACUGUAUCAAACCUGUUAAAUUGUCAAAUCUCAGGCCAUGGUAUUGUGCAAAUAAUUUUUUUUUUUCCCUCCCUCUCGGGCAUUCAAGUUUGGACAAGGCCCCGUCUGAUAGAAUGACCACCCUCUUCAACCUGGCCAAGGCAGCAAAGGAUUGUCAAGUUGCAAGCCAGUUCCCGAUAGUCUUUAUUACGGAUUCCACACGUGCAUGGUCCAGUUGGGCCCACAAUUACAGUAGAAGGGAAGUAGAAUAUGAAGUGUUUCACCCUUGGAGUUGGGAUGAUGGUUUCUCUGGCUUUUCAGCAGAGCUCUGUGAGGAGCCCAGCUUUAUUUAAGUUGUAUGCUGGAUCUAACCUCCGACCUCAAUUUAGAUACGAAGUUGACGAGAAAUGCGCCACAAAAGUGUUUCACAUCGCAGAGUGUUCAAUAAUUCUUGCGACUGCCUCCUUGUGGGUGUGAUUAUCUUUUAUACACUGCAUUAAAUAUGUAAAUAUAAAACACUACCAUGCAACCAAAUUUUAUUCAACUGCCUAAUUGUAAAUUGAAGGAAAAAUGCAAUUUAACAGUGCCUUGUAAAACUAGACAGGUUUAUUUCCAGAGGAUGAGUUUGCGCAUUGAACUGGGAUACUGCAAACUUGUAGACAUUCAUAGUGAUACAAUCCUGCUGCUGCUGCGACGGUGCUGUCCUCCAAAAGUGUGGAGUGCGUUUUAGAGUGACACUGUGUGCAGUGUUGACCCUGUUUUGUUGCAUAGUGAACACAAGAUGCAAGCGAUACAAUCAUAGAUUCCUUUAAUGCUUGCCCAGUGGUUUCAGACAAUGAAGAUUAGGCUAGCAAAGUGUGACUAAAAGUUAGCUGAUGCCUUUAUUUGAGUGACUCUACUGAAGAUCUCUCAUUCUUGCAUUAAACAAAAAAUUCCACUGAGGAGGUUUGAAUGAAUUCACUUGCACCAUCAAUUUUUAUCACAGGUAAGAUUUUUUGCGAUUUACCAGAACAGGCAUGUGUUGAGAAAAUAUAUUUUGGUGGAUAAGGUACGUGACCACUCUGUUCAAUGGUCAGUGUACGAUACACCAACAAAUGUCAUUUUGAGUUGCAAGCUAAUCACAGUCAUUAAACUACAUUUGAAGUUGGAUGUAGUUUGUAUUCAAAAUUAUUCUGCAGGUGUUCCUGAAAUCUUGUGACAGUCAUGCCUUCCUGCCUUGCAAGCAAGGCAACAGCUUGUAGCUUGGUACCAGUUCUGAGGUAGUAAUGCCUUAGUAAGCUGGGUCUUAAAUUACAUUGUGACUGACGGGGGAAGGGGCUGAGCAGUGAAUUGGCAAUAAUUGUUAAAAUGCUGCUAAAAGAAUUGCCAAAUAAAGUGAUAACACAUGAGUGCCUGACAUUCCCUACUUAGCUUUUGAAAUCACAUUCAUUGGGAAAUCAAUUCGUGUCCCAAGCCCUUAAGAUGCUUCAUUUCGAAAUAAAAAGUUUCUUGGCUUGUCUGUAGCUUCCUUUCUCCAAGUACUGGAGAUGACAAUGAUGAGCUGAAGUGAUUCCCUCUUCUAUAAAACCAGGAAUUCUAUGAAAUUAGUGCAUUCAUUUUAAAAAGCUCCUGAAUUGCCAUUUUGGAUUUUAAAAACCCCACAAAAUGCAAUUCAAAAAUCAAGUAAACGUGGAAAGAUUUCCAUGUGAAAAGUCGCUGUAGCUGUUGGCUGGCUGUUUUUCUACAGCUUCAAUUGUCCAGGGGAGGGGAGCGUUCAGAAAUGGGAAGAGAACUGUUGGCAGUCAGGAGGAUCAGUAAUCCAGCUUCCUUUUCCAACCUUGUGGUGAUGAGGUAGGCUGGAAAUUUCCACCCAGGUUGAACGCUUGGCCAAAGAACAAGUUGCUGCAUAAAAGGAAGAAAAGUGAAGAGCUGAAAGUUGCUUUGCUUUUGCAAAAUUCUGAACCAGUCUGAGGAAAAUUGUGCUCCAUGCGUUGCCUUGUCACAUAGGAUAUCUUGGACUUGGCAUCUUUAGGGUAUCUUAUGGAAUGUAGCACUAGUCCUGGUUUUAAAUGGAAAAUGGUAUUUCCAUGAAAUUGUAUCUCUUCUAAUGAAGAGAGUUAAAUGUCAAUGCAUCAGUGUCUCACUUCACACCACCUACUCCUCUUCUGGUGCUCACAUUUCAAAACUGGUCAUUACUGAUACCCUAUUAUGAGCUGAAUAAGGCCUUUUCUAUGUUUUGUUGGAAUUUAAUAUAAUGGCCUUUGACUUAUUCCAAGAGAACAGCAGCCUCUUUGGACCAUUUCCUGACUUAAUUUGCAAUGUUUUCAUGAAAAAACCUAAAUGAUCACAAAAUGUGAUUUUAAAGCACUAGUUAGCUGCCAAGAGCAAUGGAAUUUGACUCAAUUAAUCACUGAAAGGCAAGAAUGCAAACAGAACAAGCCGGUAAUAGCCACAGUAGGUCAGUUAGAAUCCAAGUCAGAUAACAAGCCCAUUGAGCUUGUUCUGCCAUCUAAUUCAGUCAUGGCUCAUGUAUGUCUUAACAUCCUUUUCCCCUUUGGUUUUCUAGGCCAAAUGGCCUAUUCCUGCUCCUAAGUCCAAUGAUUCUGUGAUUUAUUUAUUUUGACAACAAAGCUGAGCAGCCUUUGUUUCAAAUUUUUCAUUCGCCCUUGGCCUCAACAGUCUUUUUGGGGAGAGGACCAGAUUUCGACUCCCCUUUGUGUGGGGAAGCGUUGUCUAACAUCACCUUUGAAUGGCUUGGUUCUAAUUUUGAGGCUAUGCCCCCUUUUCCUUGUGGUAGGAUUGUACAGAACAAGUUUCUGUCUUAUCUGCCUUAUCAGCUCCUUCAAUCAUCGCCAUUAGGUCACCCCUUAAGCUCCUACACUCCACAGUAAAUGAGCCUCCUGUAUAGAACCUAUCCUCAUAAUUUAACCCUUUCAGCUCCUUCCUACUGCUGACAGGCCAGAUAGGCUUUUCCUGCAUUUUCUGUUUUUAUUGCAGGCUUACAGUGAUUAAGAGAUGAGUUCUGACAUGGAGAGUAUAGCCUUUAUUAGAAUGAAGGGGACACAGUGUCACAACCUCUUCACUCUUGACAGACAACUGACUGCUCUGGUGUGUAUCCCUUGCAGUUUCCAUUUUGUUUUAUUUUACUGUAAACCAGUGAGCGAUUAUCAGUAGGUCAAGAUGCUCUGCCGCAAGUGCCCUUCAGACAGUCUCCUCAAAGGCACAAUGCUGCUUGUAAGCAGCAGUAUUGAAACAGAACAAGCUGCAAGGAGGGAAAAGUAAGGAAUUUAAUUAAGUGUAAGACACUCUUCACAAUGCAGGCCAUCAUGCAACUAUCCAACGCACUAUGUUCUCCCUUCAUUCUGAGAACAAGCUUUUUUGUUUGCGUUUAGUUUUAGCAGUUUGUACCACGUUUUUUAUUUUAUUCAUGAAAUGAAAAGACUUGAGUUGCUUGAACCUCUAAUUAUGUUUCCCAAAGGUCCAAGACGACAUAGUUUAGAGCAUAUGUUGCACUAAAUUUCCAUUAAACAGUUCUGUGUCUCCUUUUCAUGCAUCUUUUCCCAUCAUAUUUUGGAUUGCUUUAGAAGACUUUUUAAGCAACCUUUCCUCAAACAUUUUCUGAUCUGCACAUAUUCUUGGAAACACUCCUAGUUUUGACAAAAAGCAAAGUCAAAAAUCGUGAAGUCAAGUCGAUAUUUUCUGAUGAAUGAUAUGUCAUUGCUCUCUAAAUGCAAAGCUGCUUCUGUUCGGCUGUUGCAUUUUCAGUGGACAGCUUUAUGAAUUUGUUGAUACUUGAAUGUUUAUUUAGACCUUGAAUUGAGGAACACUGACCUGAUCUGGUGAUGGGGCACAAACACUGCCCUAAUUGAGCUGCCGGUACAUUAUGGAACCCUACUGCCUGUUUCCAAUAUGUCCAGUGAGCUGGUUUGCAGAUGGGUGUGGGGAGGAACCUUGCUCUGCUCUGCAGCUGAAUGCGAUAACAAGCACUGCCUUCCUCUGAUGGCUGAAUGCUCAUAUAAAACUCAAGGUGGGGUGUUGGGUUUGAGGGGGUUAAGAUGUGAUGGGAGUUGAUUUAGAUAUUUGUGGAAUUGUAAUAAUGAACCGAUUAAACUGGCUAAUGGGUUGUGAAGAAGAGAAAUGAUUUGAAAGCAGCUGUGGAAUUGGUCUUUGAGAAUUUCUGAAGUUGGUUUGACCCCCAUCAAGAUGUCCCACCUUAGCAAACUAGAACCAAAAUAUGAUGACUAAGUUCCAGUUUUAGAUUCAGACAGCCUUGGUCUUUCAAGAGCAUGUUUUUCCCCAGGCUGCAGUUAGACUUUGGCUGACAGUGACUCUUCUGCAAGAUUUAAACAUGUCAGUUGCUGCUACGACCCACAGUUUACAAAUUGUGUAUUCCUAUAAAAACCCUAAGGGCAGAUUGGAUCUCCCAAAUGCAUUCCCGUUUGCAGAUUCAUUUACAUCACUAUGAACUUGUCUUUAAUCAUUUUUCUUCUUCACUCCUCCUUGCCAGAUAUGUCACAAGUACAAAACUGCCCCUAAUUUGGCACCAAUUGAAUAGUCUGCCUCAGCAGACACCAUUGGUGCUGCCCUGCCUAUACUUGAUGCUGGUACUGAGAAGCUGCAUCACUCACCUUGAGGACUGUUGGGGUUUUGGAUUGAGAGGGGAGGUGGCAUUGGGGAGGCAGGAAGAUUACUGCAAUUACUGACUCUUUACUUUGGACGAGCAACAGAACCCCUGCUCAAUAAGAGAAAGGCUAGUGUCAAUUUUACUGAAUUUAUCCAGCACCAAACCACUGCAAGCCAGAUGUUGAUCAAAGGCAAUGAGCUUUACACUGGUUUGCUCCGCAUUCUCCUUUUAAUAUCCCAGACAGUGUAAGCAAUGCUUUGAAAACUAGAUCGACCUAGAUAAAAUAACUUAAGCUCAUGCUGUAUCUGUCUGGCUGAUGAUCUUGCUACAGUGAUCGUUUAAACCAGUAGAUGUACUCUCAGGCAGAAUUAGUACACCUUCCCACAUCCCAAGAUGUGCAACAAAAUUCUGACAUUGCCCAAAUCUUUACCAAGUUUCCAAUGAGAUUGUGUUCUUGCUCCCCUACACCAGCCCUCCCCCCCACCUUUUCUAUGAUUCCAAGCUUCCUCUCCACAUCAGUCACCUCCCUGUUACUCAGAGGGCAGCCUUGAAAUUGCACUGGAAUAUUAUCACACAGAAUCUUAACCAUUUGCAUGACCUUCUUUUGCUAUUUUCAUGGAGAUGUUUAAUCUAUUUGGAAACACAUUAAUCACCCAGUAAAAUAGACAAGCAAAUUUAAUGUUAAUGUAUGAAACAUUUGUGCAAUCUUUACACCAGAUAAUUUCAAGGGGUACAAGCUAUGUUCUUGAUUCGUGAAAAAUGACAGGAUGAUAAACUAAAUGCUGAUAGUAACACUUCAAAUUGAUUUGUUCAUGAAUGACAUUCCCUUGUGAUCACAGUUAAAGAGGCUGUUUCAGGUAUUGAAACAUCAUUUUUGUUCCAAGGGUUACUGCUCUGCUUUCACAAGAUCUAUUUGGAGUCAUCUUUUUAAAAGCCCAUUCUUGGCAUUGGCAACAGGGUGUCUGAAUCUGCAAUCUCAAUACAUUGUUUGCUGACCCUGCACGUACACAGUCAAGACUUAAUGUUGUAUUAAAAUAAAUUUGCUGUGCUCUCAGCACAGGAUCAAUGUGGUGUUUACACUUUUUGUUUACUUCUCGCUACCAGUCCGAAGCUGUGCAUGUUACUUGGGUAUGAUUAGGUGAGGAUUGGCAGCCCUCUUAGUGAUGGUAUCACAUCCAAGCACCAUUAUCACCCAGCUCAACCCCAUACUUUCCACAAGGAGUCACUUCUGAUGGGGGAGGCAAGAGCAGGAACCCAGGCUUCUGCACCUCAGGCCCAUGGACAUGUAAGCUCCAUCUUCACUCCGCAUCCCCAGCCCAAAGCCCAGAUGAGCAAAUUCAGCACAGGCGCUGAGCAAGGUGACCAUUUGAUUGCUACGUCUCCAUACGAUACCAAGUAGUGACCUUAGGACAUUUGGGGAAAAUCAACUAAGUUAGGAAACCAAGAUAAAAAAAAUAAGCAAUAAUGAAAUUAGUACAAGACUGAAGACAUGGGAUAAAUAACUUUGAAGAACUAAUGAUUACACAAAAGUGCGGAGUGAGAAAUCCAGUCAGAUUUUUAUUCAUUUUAAUUUUGAUAUCCUGAUCAGGAGCUGUCAGGUGAAGGAAUUUUCUUAAGUGUGCCUGUUUUACUGACUGAUGACUCUUGAUCUGUUCUACAAUGGAUUCUAUUAAUAUAAUGUACACAGCAAUCAUGCAUUGGAAAAGUUACCCAAAGAAAAUCCUGUCUGGACUCUAAAAGCUGAAUAUCAUUUUUGUGUUUCUGUAUCUGAACUGGGUUUUAAGUGUAAACUUUUUUCCCAUGGUUGUUUAGUGUGCCUCUCUGAGAGAUGAUUGAAUUUUUUUCCCCCACUGUAGCCCAUUUUAUUGUAUUCUGGUGUUCAAUAGUACUGUAUACCUCUAGUUUUCACUAAGAAAUUAUACAAAUUUUAAAAUAUCUGUAUUAAAAUGGUCUUGUUGAGAAUAAAAUGUGUGGUGCUUUA